AUGGCUCCAACUAGCGCUGUCGAUGGCAAUUCUGUCUUUCUAUACAAGUGUCUGCAAGCUUCGCAGGGACAUGGAAGGAUCGACUUUCAUGCAGUGGCCGCUGAGACAGGCUUGACUGUGGGGGCUGCAAAUAAGCGAUAUCAAAGACUCCGAGAGAAGAUCGAGCGCUCGGCGGCAUUCGGCACGGCCAGUUCUCAAAAUCCCGAACAGACGCCUAGAAAACCAACAACUACCAAGGGCAAUGCUUCGCUCAAGCGGAAGGCCGAUCUUGUCAAAGACGAAGAGCUACCAAAAGCCUCGACUUCCAUUAAGAAGGAGCCCCAAGAUGAACCAGCUGAGGAAGAAGCAGUCAUCGAAAACACCGUCUCAAAACGCCAGACUCGAGGCCGAAGACUCAAUUACAAUACGUCAGGGACGUUUGACGUUGACUCUUCUCGCCCAGGCUCCGUUGAAGACAGCGAAGAUGACUUUAAGCCGGAUGGUGCAGAAAUCAAGCAGGAGGAGGACGAGGACGAUCUGGAGCUGGUUUCUGACGGUGCAAAGCCCGCUAGCAAACGCGUUAAGAGGAACGCCGGAGCAUCAACCGAAGCAUCUGCAAGUCCGAAAUCAAAGUCUCGAAACAGUGGCAAGAAGAGCACGAUCAGGACGCCACGCAAGUCUCUAGUUGUAUCAGAGGCUACAGCCAAAUGCACCAUGCAAUCGCAGAACAAGCCACUUCCGAGUAUUGAGUACUCUCCCUCAGCAACUCACACCCCUGAAGGUGAUAAGCGUUAUGCAGGACUCGAUGGGGACAUUGAAUUGAAAUCCUUGCAGCCCGGCACUCUUAUCACGCUGCCACCGAAGCGUCAAGCACCCGUUUGGCCAAUAAUGUCGGCCGGUCCUUCAGCAGGGGCCCGCUCUUUAUCCGCAUCGUCGCAGGACUCGGCUGGCAAGAUGCUUCAGCGUGAACUUGACGAGGCUGACAUGAUUCGUCCCGAGGACAGCAUUUCGAUGGUCGGACGCAAAGACACUCCUCCAAGCCCCAACCAAAGCAAGUUUGAGCGCAUCAAGGGUUUAUUGCCGUUGUGGAAGAGUGGGUGA